UCCAGCUCCCGCGCCGCCUGUUGCUCGCUCCUGCCGGGGUGGCGGGGUGACCGUUUCGCAGCGGGUGCCCAGGCGUAGGUAGUCGGACGGAGAGAGUGCCAGCGCGUGAGCAGCCUCCCGCCUCCGGGUCGGUGGUCCGGCGCGCGGGGGCAUCGUCGUCUUCAGCCCGAGAGCGCGGACGCGGAGAGCCUCCCGGGUCGCCCCCCCCUGCCCGGGACCGCGCGCGCGCCGAGGACCAGCCGGGGCGAUGAACGCGACCUUCCUCAACCACAGCGGCUUGGAGGAGGUGGGCGGCGGCCACCGGGCCGCCCUGGGCAACCACAGCCACGGACUGGGCACGUGGCUAGACUGCUGCCCCGGGGGCGCGCCGCUGACCGCCAGCGACGGGGUGCCCGCGGGGCUGACGCCCGACGAGCGCAGCCUGUGGGUGUCCCGCGUGGCGCAGAUCGCCGUGCUCUGCGUCCUGUCGCUCACCGUGGUCUUCGGCGUCUUCUUCCUGGGAUGCAACUUGCUCAUCAAGUCCGAGAGCAUGAUCAACUUUCUGGUGCAAGAGCGCCGGCCCUCCAAGGACGUGGGCGCAGCCAUCCUGGGACUGUACUGAGCACCUCGCACCUUUGCCACCCUUGCCAGCGCGGCUGCUGACAAGGGACCCUAGGGAGACCCGAGCUUCGUCCUCCUCCGCCUGGCCGCAGGGGACAGCCGCGCGCACCCCGGACGCACCGUCCACCGCGAGCUCCAGGCGAUGGCGCGGGACUUCCACGCGGGGCUCCGUCCCGUGUGCGCAUCAGCGAAGGCUGCGGGGGAGGGAGGGAAGGAAUGAGGAUUCUUAAAAGGGGCCCUUCCUUCCUUCCUUCCUUCCUUCCUUCCUUCCUUCCUUCCUUCCUUCCUUCCUUCCUUCCUUCCUUCCUUCCUUCCUUCCUUCCUUCCUUCCUUCCUUCCAUAUAAAAAGUUCCGGGCAGGGUGGGGGUGAGUGUGGGGUCGCUGGUGUGGGAAUUUCGACUGUGGGGGUGUUGGUGGGGACGAAUUUCCAGCAGGAUGGAGGUUGGAAGAGUCGCUCAGAUUUUGGGGGUUUUUUGCCAUCUGAUCUCCUUUUGCAUCUGAAAAGAAAUUUUGUAAUAAAACUGCAGCCGUUGGGCUUCCUGCCACUUUCUAA